AUGGCUGAGAUCAAGAGACGGUCCACUUCUGCUGGUAACCUGUAUGCGAUGUCCACAAAUCGAUCCAGAAUGGUAUCGAAACGGAGUGGUUCCUGUCAGAAUUUGAGUAACUUGCUUUCGGAUUUGUGCAGUUUGUUUAAACUCCCAAAUCUGGCUACUCAAUACGUCCCCUCUCCUUCACCUCCGGCCUCUCCGAUGCAGGCCCGGGAGCCUCAGUUUAAACAGAAAUUUCGAAACUCAUUUCGCCUGAACAAGGGGUAUACGGAAAAUGGAAAACUGCCAAAAUUACCGGAACGGAAUGAAGAAGUUCCGGAUAUACCGACCCGUGAUCAACGAGAGAUGCGUAUGAAACAAAUCGAUGACUUGGCUCGAGAAAGAAACCCCAGCACAGAGAAUUUAAUUCAUCUACUCCGAGAGAAAGAAUGUGAGGUUCAAACGCUCAGCGAAGAAUUGGAAUACUUUACAGACCAGCGUAACGAAUUACAGGAUGCGUUGUCCGAGGCACAAUUGAUUAUUGAUCAACAACAGGAUCAACUGUCCGAAUUUCGUCGACGUGCUGCUCAAAGCCGCACGGAUGCGGAAGCAUUCAAGAUGAAAAAUAUGUUUCUCAGCCUCGGGGCAACCACUCGAGAUGAACAGUUGAAUGCUUUGACCACAGCUUGUGACCGACUCGAGGCCGAGGUGGAGGCUUUGACCUGGCAAUUGGAUCAAAACAAACGCUCGUUGAAUAAUGUCCAAAAACAGCGAGAUCAUCUACAAACGCAACUGGAUCAGGUGCUACAAUGGCGUGAGGCCAAAAUAGCCGAUCAGUGCACGAACGCAAUCAACGGAACGAGCACUUCAACCCCAACUAGCAAGUCGCCCCCAUCGGUUACGAAGAGUUUGGAGGAUGAGGAAGAAAAACUGCGGGAAAUGUUGCACCGGCAAGAGGAACAGAUCAAACAGCUGCAACAAAAACAGCAACAGCUAGAACUAGAACAACAAACCACUGCGAGUCCGAACUCGGAGGUACAAAACGGUAUGAGUUCCACUCGUGUGAUUCACAUCCAGAGUGAGCAGGACACGGCCGAGUUGAACGAGCUGCGUCAACAGAUAAACCAGUUACGCGAAAGGGAACGAGAGUGGGCUCGAACGGAAUCUCGUUUGUUGGAUUAUCAACAACAGAUGGAAGAGGAACGUGAAAAACAUAUUGCCCGGAUAGAGAUGCUUAUGAAUGCUAAACGGUCCUCAUCUGUGCUUGAUGGAGGAGACACACUGACCGAUCAAAGACCUUCGGGUUUUCUGUUCAUUGAACCAACCUUUUCUUCCUGUAACACCUACACACAGUCUCAGAUGUCAAGACUUACCGACACCGGCCAGAUGAUCGAAUUGCGUCGCCUGAGCGAGGAACGAUCGCGGUGGCGUCUGUACGCAUGCAAUUUAGUCCGUACGAUUGUCGAGCAUUGUGAGGAGUUUAUUCGACGCACGCGUUACGAGGAGCCGGAAUUUCACACGAUAGCUGAACGGCGAUGGUAUGACUAUGCGAUUUAUUUGCUCGAGAUCCUGGUUGAAGUCGCCCCCCAGCGUCUGUCCAGUGCCGAUACGGAGCUCAUUCGACGAAACACCUCGUCCGCAGCAGGCCACCGGGAAUCGAUAACCUCGAAUGUUCCAUCCACAUACAAUGGUCCAGAUUUAUUGUCUGCUGUCACCCUUCGACGAUCUCAUAAAAAGAAAUCAAGCACAAAUGAACGUGUGGCCAAACUAGCCCGGAAAUCCCUGUUUCGUGUAUCUCAUUCUAAAUAA